AUGGCGGGUACAUCCGCAGAUCCCGUGACCUGCGUGGAGCAGGGGUCAGGGGCGGGUGCUUCACAGCGGCAGCAACAGCAGCAGGAUCAAGGAAUAGUUGCUUCCUCUGAUGCUGCGUCUCUCAGUGCUGCUGAGGAGGAGGAUGAACAGAAGCAGCAAACAGAACGGAGCCAAAAACCCUCACAGAGAAGUGGAGACAACUCAAAGCGGCACUCGGUAAAUGGCUGGGGUGCCAGGUCUCCGUCGGCAGAGGAGCAGCAUCACCACCAGCAGCGGCAGGGGGAAGCAGGAGGAAGAGCAGAAGCUUCUGAUUCAACGGAAAGAGAAAACGGCGCCGAAGCGACAGGAGUGUCUGAGGUGGCCUUGGGUGAGCUCUCUGGAGGGCUUCCUUCACUUGCAGCAUUUUUGGCGGGACAAGCAAAUUUAAAGGCCUUGAGUUCCACGGAGGCUGUGUCUAAAGGGGAUGAGGGUCUCCAGGAGAAGGGAGAAGAGCCACCUGAGAGAGCACCGUCUCCUCCGGCAGCAGCAGCAAGUGCGCCAGCAGGAGGACAGUCGAGGGCCGGUGGGACGGCGACAUCAACAGCCGCCGACGCGGGGGCAGGAGAGACAGCCGAGGCGGAGGCAGAAGCAUCAGCUGCGCCCGGGGGUGAAGAAUGUGGGGGGGAAGGCGGUUUGCGUUCGUCUUCAGCAGCGGCGGCGGAGGAAGGUGCCGUUGCUGCGGCGGCUACGCCGCGACGACGGCAGCGGGUUGUGGGACCCGAAUUGUAUUUGCGUUGGCAGAUGUUGGCAAAGAGAGUAGAGCGCGUAAAGGGCGUUUGCUACAGCAGCACGCGCCACGAAUGGAUUGCGGUGGGGCCCGUGCAGCAAGGCAGUAGCGGGCGAAAGAAGAAUGUGUAUUUCUCAGUUCCGAGGUACGGCUUCUCUGAGGCGAGGCAGCUCGCCGUUGAAUGCAGGAGGAGACAGGAGGAGAUCCUAGCCGGCGGCGGAGACAAAGCUGUGGACGCAGCUGCAAUUGCUGCAGAACUCACGGAGAAGUAUAGGCAACGGGCAGGAGCAGCUGCUGCUGCAGCUGCAGCUGCUGCUGCUGCUGGCCAGCCGUUGCCUGAUGGCGAUGACAGCGACGAGCUUGAACGACUUGGUCUCACCCUCAUGGAGGAGACCGAUGAAGGCAGCAAAACAGAUGGAGAAGAAGCAACAGCAGCAGCAGACACAGACAGCAGCAGAGGCGCCGCUUCUGGUGGCGCCGGGACCAGCGCGCAGCAGGCAGCAGCCUCCCCUUCGGGGGGCAGGCCCUAUGAAUUGCGGAAGAGGAGGCCCCCCACAACGCACCUCAGCGACGAUGAGGCAACGGACGGAGCCGCCAGGCGUUCAUACACCAGGACGCAGCAGCAAGUGCAGCAGCAAAACAAUCCCAGAAAAAGAGGGAGGCCCCCGAGGUCGCGGGGUGGAGCCCCACUAAGCGACCUACCAGCCAUCGGAGGUACUUUCGCUGCUGCGGACCCGCAGCAGCAACUUAUAAUACAUGCACAGCACCAGCAGCAACAGCGGGGAGCUGCACCUACGGCGUGCAGCACAGGUAGCAGCAGUAGCCAAGGAGUGGGGACUAGCAGUAGCAGCAGCAGCAACAACAGCAGCAACAGCACCAUUAAUAUGCGUCUUUUGAGUGAAGCCCUGGGGAUGGUGCUGCAAGAUUUGCUGAGGCUCUGCUCCUCCCCCUCAGCUCUUAUUGCUGCUGGCGUUCCCCGCGAUGCCGUAGACCUCUGCGCCCUUAGCUGUCGCUGCAUUGAAGCAAGUCAACGACGAGUGCGCGCCGCUACAUCACCGCAGGAGUUAGAGGAAUUUGUGUCCCUCUUUCGAGACUGCAUUAUUCAGCAUAGACUACCCAGCAGCAGGAGGCCAGAACAGAUCCUCCUUUACGUAGAAGCUCUUGCCCGGAAAGAAAGCGCUGCUGCUGCGGCGGCGGCGGCGGCAGCAGCGGCUGCUGCGGCGGCGGGUGGAGGAGCUGCAGGUAGCGGCGCAGCCACAGCAGCCGCAGCAACAGGGGGACUAAGGGGCUCUCAGCUCCAACAGCAGCAACUGCUGUUGCUGCAGCAAAAAGGCGUAAAGAGGGACGCUUCACCCGUGAGGCCUCUGAAGACAUUGCCGUCAGUACCGCCACAGCAGCAACAGCAUCAGCAGCAGCGGCUGCAGCAGCUCCAGCUGCUGUCCCUGCUGCAGCAGCAGCAACAGCAACAACAGCAGCAGCACGAGGGGCUUCGGAGGCCUGCGGCGGAAGCGUCAACUUCCCCACCAAAGGAUGCAAUCCUAAGAAAGUAUGUCACCUUUGAGGCCUGGCGGCGCUCCUGCGUGGCUGCGUUGAACCGCGCAGAGAACUUCGGGGAUUUGCGCCGGUUGCCGCAACUCCGAGAUGCCAUUGUGUACAUCUUAGGCGCUGAUUAG